CAAGGACUCCCAAGAAUCCUCUAUUACUGUCACCCCUAGUACGGGCGCCUCAGUUUGCCGCCCGGGUGCCUAGCGCCGGAGUGAGCAUGCCCAGGUGCUGGCCGGGUUCCCACCGGAGGAGACAGAGCCGCCGGGACAUCUGGAUCCCAGCUUAGCUCAAUGAGCCGGUUUAUACCAGGGUUCCUCCGCUUUUCUGUGGAUCCUGGCCGCCCGGAAGCGAGCGUGACUCCUCCCCACCGUCUCCUCGGUCCCCGCCAGGCGGCGCCGUUUGCUCAGUCCAGUUAUCCUUGUGGCUGCUUUCUAUUGCCACCCUGGGAAUGUUGAGAUAGUCCGAAGAGAGUCGUUGAAAUGGACUGUCAGAGAGCAGUCUACCUACCAUUUGGAAAAGCCUCUCUCGUAGACUGUGGUUGACAGCAUUAGAUCUCCUGCUUGGAUAUAUAUGCACAGGUCCCUGUGCACAUCCCCAGAGCCUAAAUCAGUAGGUGUAUUGUGGGCUCCGGGUUGAGAUCCAUAGUCUGAGCAUCGCUCCCUCAGAUGGUAUGACUGGUAGGAACAGCCGGAAUGAAUUGGCUAUGAGUUGUUUGCGCCCUGAAGUUUAUAGCAGUGACUGUUGUUGGGCAUUGUUUUGAGGGCCAAAAUGUGUAUUCUUUGUUUGCACCACGAUGAACAUUUUCCUCUUCUCCACCAGGAUGCAGAAGGGCUCUGUGCUCCUCUUCCUAGCCUGGGUCUGUUUUCUUUUCUACGCUGGCAUUACACUCUUCACCAGUGGCUUCCUUCUUACGCGUUUGGAGCUCACCAACCAGAGCAGCUGUCAAGAGCCGCCAGGCCCUGGUUCCCUGCCAUGGGGAAGCCAAGGAGAGCCUGGGGCCUGCUGGAUGCCUUCCCGGUUCUCCAGGGUUGUUUUGGUGCUGAUAGAUGCUCUGCGAUUUGACUUUGCCCAGCCCCAGCGCUCGCAGGUGCCAGGGGAACCUCCUGGCUCUGUGCCUUUUCUGGGAAAAUUAGGCUCCUUGAAGAGGAUCCUAGAGCUUCAACCCCACCAUGCCCGGCUGUACCGAUCCCAGGUGGAUCCCCCCACGACCACCAUGCAGCGUCUCAAGGCUCUCACCACCGGCUCACUGCCUACUUUUAUUGAUGCUGGCAGUAACUUUGCCAGCCAUGCUAUAGUGGAAGACAAUCUCAUUAAGCAGCUCAACAGUGCAGGAAGACGGAUAGUCUUCAUGGGAGACGAUACCUGGAAAGACCUUUUCCCUGGAGCCUUCUCCCAAGCUUUCUUCUUCUCCUCCUUCAAUGUCAGAGACCUGCACACCGUGGAUAGCGGCAUCCUGGAACACCUCCAUCCUAUCAUGGACAGCAGUACAUGGGACGUGCUGAUCGCUCACUUCCUGGGUGUGGAUCACUGUGGCCACAAGCAUGGCCCUCACCACCCGGAAAUGGCCAAGAAGCUUAGCCAGAUGGACCAGGUGAUCCAGGGACUUAUAGAACGUCUGGAGAAUGACACACUGCUGGUGGUAGCUGGUGACCAUGGGAUGACCAUGAAUGGGGACCAUGGAGGGGACAGUGAGCUGGAGGUCUCGGCUGCACUUUUCCUGUACAGUCCCACAGCCCUCUUUCCGAGUGUCCCACCCGAGGAGCCAGAGGUGAUCCCUCAGGUCAGCCUUGUGCCCACACUGGCUCUGCUGCUAGGCCUGCCCAUUCCGUUUGGGAACAUCGGGGAAGUGAUGGCUGAGCUAUUCUCAGGUGACAGUGACUCCCACCCUCACUCCUCUGCUCUGGCGCAAGUCUCCGCUCUCCAUAUCAAUGCCCAGCAGGUGUCCCGAUUUCUUCAUACCUACUCAGCUGCAACUCAGGACCUCCAAGUUAAAGAGCUCCAGCGGCUGCAGGAGCUCUUCUCCAAGGCCUCUGCAAGCUAUCAGCAACUUCUGCAGAAUCCCCAGGAGGCUGAGGCCAUGCUGAGCACCUUGAGUGCUGACCUGCGGAACUUCCUGCGGGGAGCUCGGGCCAUCUGCAUCGAGUCUUGGGCCCGCUUCUCUCUGGUCCGAAUGGCAGGGGGUGCUGCCCUCUUGGCUGCUGCCUGCCUUCUCUGCCUGCUUGCAUCCCAGUUGGCAGUGUCCCCAGGCUUUUUCUUCCGUCCACUACUGCUAAUACCUGUAGUGUGGGGCCUAAGUUGGGCCCUACUAUAUGCUGGGCUCUUGGUAACUACUGGGUCAAAGCUGGAUUCAGUGGUUCUAGGGGCUGUAGCGGCAGCAGGUUCAGUCCUCCCUUUUCUGUGGAAAGUUUGGGCUAGUUGGGGGUCCCAGAGGACCCUGGCUCCCCUACUUCCUGUUCCUAGACCUGUCCUAUUACUCCUGCUUAUUCGCUUGGCCACCUUCUUCUCUGAUAGUUUUGUUGUUGCUGAGGCCAGGGCCACCCCUUUCCUUUUGUCCUCUCUUGUCCUAUUCCUGGUUGCUCAGCUUCACUGGGAGGGCCAGCUACUGCCACCUAAACUGCUCACUGUAUCCCGCCUUGGCCCCUCUGCCCCAACAGGCCCCCCACGGCACAGUGGCACUUACGCCCUGAGGCUUGGAAUUGGAUUGCUUUUAUGUACAAGGCUAGCUGGGCUUUUUCACCGCUGCCCCGAAGAGACACCUGCUUGCCACUCCUCUCCUUGGCUGAGUCCUCUGGCAUCUAUGGUGGGAGGUCGAGCCAAAAAUUUGUGGUACGGAGCUUGUGUUGCGGCACUGGUGGCCCUGUUAGUUGUGGUUCGCCUGUGGCUUCGGCGCUACGGUAAUCUCAAAAGUCCAGAGCCCCCUGUGCUCUUUGUGCGCUGGGGGUUGCCUCUCAUGGUCCUAGGCACUGCUGCCCACUGGGCGUUGGCGUCAGGGGCGGAGGAAGCACCACCGCGUCUCCGAGCCCUAGUCUCUGGGGCAUCAGCUGUGUUGCCUCGGGCUGUGGCUGGGCUGGCUGCCUCAGGGCUCGUGCUGCUGCUGUGGAGGCCUGUGACGGUGCUGGUGAAGGCUGGGGCUGCUGCUUCAAGGACCAGGACUAUCCUUACUCCCUUCUCAGGCCCCCCUACUUCUCAGGCUGACCUAGAUUAUGUGGUCCCACAAAUCUACCGCCACAUGCAGGAGGAGUUCCAGGGCCGGCUAGAGAGUUCCAAAGCUCAGGGUCCCGUAACUGUGGCUGCGUAUCAGCUGGGAAGUGUCUACUCGGCUGCUAUGGUCACAGCCCUCGUCCUCUUGGCCUUCCCCCUCCUGCUGCUGCAUGUUGAGCGUGUCAGCCUCGUGUUCCUGCUCCUGUUUCUGCAGAGCUUCCUUCUCCUCCAUCUGCUUGCCGCUGGGACACCAGUUGCCACCCCUGGUCCUUUUACUGUGCUGUGGCCAGCAGUCUCAGCUUGGACCCUUUUGGCUACCCAGACCUUCUACUCCACAGGCCACCAGCCUGUCUUUUCAGCCAUCCAUUGGCAUGCAGCCUUCGUGGGAUUCCCAGAAGGUCAUGGCUCUCGUACUUGGUUACCUGCUUUACUGGUGGGCGCUAACACCUUCGCCUCCCACCUCCUCUUUGCAGUAGGUUGCCCACUGCUCUUGCUCUGGCCCUUCCUGUGUGAGAGUCAAGGGCCAAGGAAGAGGCAGCAGCUCCCAGAGAGUGAAACUGAUCCCAGAGUCAGGCCUGAGGAGGAGAGCGAGGAGCCACUGAUGGAGAUGCGCCUGCGGGGUGCUCCACAUCACUUCCAUGCAGCCCUGCUGCAGCUGGGCCUCAAGUACCUCUUUGUGCUUGGACUUCAGAUUCUAGCCUGUGCCUUGGCAGCCUCCAUCCUCCGCAGACAUCUCAUGGUCUGGAAGGUGUUUGCCCCCAGGUUCAUUUUUGAGGCCAUAGGUUUCUUCGUAAGCAGUGUGGGACUUCUCCUGGGCAUAGCUUUGGUGAUGCGAGUGGAUGGUGCUGUGAGUUCCUGGUUCAGAAAACUAGUUCUGGCCCAGCAGAGGUAGCCCAGGCUGUGUGUGUUGGCACCUGGCCAUGGAGAGAGCUGGAGAAUCAUCGGGCCUGACCUGUACUGGUGCUGGAUAUUCUGCAAGAGACACUCAAACACACACCAAGUAACCAGAGACUGCUUACCCUGGGACUGAUUUUAUAAUUGAGAAUCACCUGGCACCUGAGCCCUGGCUCCUGAUCUGAUGCAUCUGACUGACACAGGGUCACCAAAAUGGAAUAAAGUGGCAGUGUAAACGUGUGUAUCUAA